AUGCUGGUGGAGAUCUAUGAUGAAUGGACCAAAAUUCAGCAGAACAAGAAGCUCAUGAAGGAUGCCAUUCAGUCCAAGCAAUCACUGAUCACGGAGGCAUCAGCUUGGAUGGUUGAUGGUUGGGCAGCAGAGUCAUUGACAUCAUUGGAUUCCCGAGAUGUGUUUUCGGCACCAGAGAUUAGUGAGUGGAUUGCCUAUGACAAGAUCGCCAUUGUGGAUGCCUUCAAGUCAGCCAAGACAGUAUUGGAUCUAUUUGCACAGCUUGCCGAUUCGGUAAUGAAAUUGAAGGUCAAGACGCCAGGAGAGAUUCAGCGUGUGCAUCGCUUGCUGGAACAACUUCAACCUUCAAUUGUAUCAUUCCAGGCACAGAUUGUGAACAAGAUGCCAGAGGACAAGACAUUCGGGGUAAAUGCAUUCAACCAAUGCUGUGAACAAAUUUCUUUGCUGGUCAAGAAGGUGAACUCUUGCAAGAUCACUGCCAUUGAAGUCGAAGCAAAGUCAGAUGCCAGUGGCUUGUACAAUUCAGUGGCUUAUGUGCAGGGUUUGGAUGUGACGAUGCCGGACAACCUGCCGAAGAGAUGCGAGCAAUUGAAGCUCUAUACUGCUUGCUUGGAAGACAUCAAGAAGCGCACCAUCUAUGUUCGUCUCUCCGACUUCACAUCGGUCUUGGUGAAAUCAGGAGCUAUGAUGAAGAAUCUCACAGCAAUCAAGACUGUUGAGCUUGCUGAGCUGUCUGAGAAGCUGGGGGAGUUCAACAAUGACGAGAUCUUAGCCUUUGGUGAGGUCUUGAUCAACGAAAAGCCGGACGCAUCUCCAUCCUUUGAUGCUCAAACCCUUCUCAUCUUUGUGCAGAAGCUUGGAACUGACAUGAUGAAGUAUCUCAAUGGAUGGCAGACAUCAGUUGUUAGCAUCGUGAAGGAGCUAUGUGCUACAGCCGCUGCAAUGAACCUGAACGAGCCAUCAGUCAUUGACUUUGGGGAUGUUGGUGAUGGUUUGUGUCGCAAAAUUCAUGAAUAUCCAGAGUUGGAAUCCCUCAAUGAACCAGAGCUUCUCAAUAUUAGCAAGGCCUUGUCUGAAAAGCUGAAGGAGAUUAAGGCAAUGACCAAUGUUUCUUCUGAGAAGCUUGAGGAAUUGAACCAGGUGGUCGCGACCGCACAGUCACACUACAAUCUCAUCAUGACAUUGUUGUGUAUCAUCGCCAUCGUCAAAACUAUCUCAUGCAAACGGUUCGUUCGUGCAGUCAAAGAUGGUCAUCAACCACCAGUGAUUCUGACCAACCAGUUGGGGGCCUCAAUGAAGAUUGCUCACGAUCUUAAUUUGCAGAUCCCAGGAUCUCUCCAAGCGAAGGUGUUGAAAUUUACAUCUUCGGAAUCAAACUCAGCAAACAAAGCCUAG